CAUUAGAGGCAGAGUGAAGAAAGGGGAGGGUACUACUUUGUCACAGACUGCUAUGCAGAUUAACCUUUCAAUUAGUUGUUAUCAGGUCCUUCUGCCUCAGCGCGAGCUGUCGCGUGCGUCCAUUUAUUAAAUAAAAGAACGCCUUUGGAAUUCCCGGUUUUUAUUUAUUUCUCCUUCAUCGUUUAAUUACCGCAUUUAUGGGGAGAAGAGAGGAGAACCCCGAGCAAACUUAAAAAAGGUUUCCGUCGAGUUUUCCGAGCCCAAACCAUUAAGGAUUUGUCUUCAGAUGAACCGUGCUCGGCUGUUCACUUCCCUGCUGUUCCAAGGAUUUACAGUCAUGAUGCCACGUGCUGCACCGCCACAUUUCAUUCCAAAGUCCCUUUGGAGCUAUGGAUGCAUUUAACGCGUUUCAAGAAUAACGGGAAAUCUCUAUGGAUCGCUCUGUUCUGAAACAAAUUCUUCAACCAUGGUGAAACUGGCCAACCCUCUGUACACAGAGUGGAUUCUCGAGGCGAUACAGAAGGUUAAGAGGCAGAAGCAGAGGCCGUCCGAAGAGAGGAUUUGCCAUGCCGUGGCCGCCACGCACGGGCUCGACAAGCAGACUGUUCUCGAGCAGUUGGAAUUAAGCGUCCACGAUGGCUCCAUCCUCAAGGUCACAAACAAGGGUUGCACGUCUUACAAGGACCCGGACAACCCGGGCCGGAUUUCCGCGGUCAAAUCUGGAGCUACUCCCGGAUCCGUCGACCCCUCCGGCGACCUCCGCCAUGUCGACUGGAAUAGGAUCCUGAAGAGGGCCAUCGAAGGCCUGGACGAUCCCGGCGGCUCGUCUCUGAAGAACAUCGAGAGGUACCUGCGGAGCCAGGCCGACCUGGCCGGCGUCGUCGGCCACCCCGUGUUCCAGCAGCGCUUCCGCUUGGCGGCCAAGCGGGCCGUCAACAACGGGCGGCUGCUGAAGGACGGGCCGCUGUACAGGAUGAACUACGGGGGAGCGGAAGGAAAGGGGCCCCCGAGAUACGCCAGUUCUUCCAUAGCGUGUCUCCCGCCCGUGACCCUCCUCCCACACGAGAGAGACCAGCCCCGUGCUGACCCCAUCCCGAUUUGCAGUUUCUGUCUGGGCACGAAGGAGUCGAAUCGCGAGAAGAGGCCCGAGGAGCUCCUGUCCUGUGCGGACUGUGGCAGCAGUGGGCACCCAUCGUGUCUGAAGUUCUCGCCCGAGCUGACUGCAAACGUGAAGGCAUUGCGAUGGCAGUGUAUCGAGUGCAAGACCUGCAGUUCCUGUCGGGUUCAGGGGAAAAACGCUGAAGACAUGCUGUUUUGCGAUUCCUGUGAUCGCGGGUUCCAUAUGGAGUGCUGUGACCCCCCACUUUCAAGAAUGCCAAAAGGUCUGUGGGUCUGUCAGGUCUGCAGGCCGGAGGACAAGGGGAAAAGGCUGCUGCACAAAAGAGCCGCCCAGAUCAAACGGAGAUACGCCAAGCCAAUAGGAAGACCCAAAAAUAAGCUCAAACAGCGAACAAUGUCUGUAACCAGCGCAGAAGGAACCCUGAUUGCACUGGCGGGCAGGGGGUCACCUGGUAGGGGUCAAAAGAUUAAAGUCUGUACCACACCUCCAUCUGGUCAUGCCGCAUCCGUGAAGAACACGAGCAGCAGAUUGGCUGUCACAGACCCCUCUUGGGUGGCCGUCUCCACCUCCUCCUCCUCCACCACCACCACCUCCUUCUCCUCCUCCUCCACUCCUCUCCCGCCCACAUCCUCCUCCACCUGUCCUCUCCCCGUUAACAAGACCACCAGGGGCCUCAUCGACGGCCUCUCGAAAUUUUUCACGCCGUCGCCCGUCGGCCGCAGGUCGCGGGCCGAAACGGCAGACCUCCCAAAGCACUGCCGGCCGAGGAAAAAGGGCCUCCAGAAACUGUUGUGCACUCCUCGCUCGGGCGCCACGGCGACCGGUACCUCUCCCCAGCUCACCCCCCCGCCCGCCGCGCUCCCGUCCCCUCCUCCGCGACCCGGACAGAGCCCCGGUUCCCAGAAGUCCGGCAGCAGCUCCGCCUCCGCAAACUCCCCCCAGAGCUCCUCCAGCCAGUCUAGCGCGCCUUCCCUUAGCAGCCUCUCCAGUAACAACCAGCUCAAGGGGCUGUUUGACGGACUCUCGCACAUCUUUGCCGCUCAGGGACAGUCGCGGAAAAAGGCGCACCCGAGCUACGCUCCGCCCGGGCGCGUGCGGCGCGAGCCGGAUUUGUCUUCCUGCCCCCAGCUCCACGGGAAGAAAGAACUGAACAGUAGGCUAGUCUCCCACUCCGCCCCCGCCCCCGGGUGGGGGGUACCCAGAGGAUGCACUUUUAAGGCAGUGGUUCAUUUCAAACGAACUUCCUUCCUCAGAAAGCACAGGAUGCUAGGCAGAUUAAAAUAUAAAGUGACCCCUCAAAAGGGGACCCCCUCACCAGGGAAGGGGAGCUUGGCAGCCGGAAGAAUUAAGCCCGAUCAGCAUCAUGAGGUGGAAGGCACGAAGAACCUGAGGCAGGAGGCCCCGGACGCGGGGGUGGCAGCGGCGCGGGAGCACGUCACGGAAGAGGACUUGGAGAUGUUCAAGCAAGCCCAGGAGCUCUCGGUGCAGAACACCAGCUACUCAGGCGGUGCCGACUGUGGCCGCUACCCAGCGGUUAUCGAGUUUGGGAAGUAUGAAAUCCAGACCUGGUACUCCUCGCCUUAUCCGCCUGAAUACUCGAGAUUACAAAAGCUUUACCUGUGUGAGUUCUGCCUCAAGUACAUGAAGAGCAAACACAUUCUCCAGCACCACUCGAAGAAGUGUGGGUGGUUUCACCCACCUGCCAAUGAAAUCUACAGGAAGAACAACAUCUCUGUGUUUGAGGUUGAUGGCAAUGUCAGCAAGAUUUUCUGCCAAAACCUCUGCCUGUUAGCCAAGCUGUUUCUUGACCACAAGACUCUAUACUACGAUGUUGAGCCGUUCCUCUUCUACAUCCUCACUAAAAACGAUGAAAAGGGCUGUCACCUGGUCGGAUACUUCUCCAAGGAAAAGCUUUGCCAGCAGAAGUACAAUGUCUCCUGCAUAAUGAUUAUGCCUCAAUACCAAAGGCAAGGAUUCGGCAGGUUUCUUAUCGAUUUCAGUUACUUGCUCUCUCGGCAAGAAGGACAGGCGGGGUCUCCGGAGAAGCCCCUGUCAGACCUGGGCCGCUUGUCAUAUCUGGCUUACUGGAAGAGCGUCAUAUUGGAGUACCUGUACCACCACCGGCACGCCCGGAUCAGCAUCAAAGGAGUAAGCAGAGCGACGGGGAUGUGUCCCCACGACAUCGCAACAACCCUGCAGCACCUCAAUAUGAUCGACCAGCAGGACGGCAGGUUCGUAAUUGUCCGAAGGGAGAAGGUGAUCCAGAAUCACGUGGAGAGGCUGCGGGCCAGACCCCGGCUGAACGAAGUGGAUCCGGAAUGCCUGCGGUGGACGCCCGUCGUGCCUCCCAGCGCUGCCGUCUCCGAGGAGGAACGGGAAGCGGAACUGGAAGCUGAGCGCCUCAUGGAACGGGCUAGUUGCUGGGAGAAGGAGGAGAAGGAAGCCUACGCCGUCGCGCACACCGGCAGGCAGCAGGCCGCCAAGGUCCCGGGCCGGGCUCCAGGCCGCCAGCCUCCUGGCAGGCCCUCCGCCGCCUCCGAGUGGCCGGCGCCGGAGACCGAAGAAGGCAGCGAGGAGGAAGACGAGGAGGACGAGGACGAGGGCGGCGAUGCUGCGCCUCCCAUACUGACAAAAGCACACAGCGUGCUUGGCUUUAAGAGGAAGAGGGCCCCUGUCCCCAAGAGGAAGAGAGGGCGAAAGCGCCGCAGGGUCAACGGCAGCGUCACCACGGAGACCAUCUCCGAGACCACGGAGGUCCUGGACGAGCCCUUCGAGAACUCGGACGAGGAGCGGCCCAUGCCCCUCCUGGAGCCCACCUGCGAGGUGGCCGAGGAGCAGCCUGUGAGGAAGGCGGCCCUGCGCCGCCGCAGCAGCUGGCAGAGGGGUGGGAAAGCUGAGGAGAGCGACGACCGUGGAUACAGAACGGAUCCUGGAGAGGAGAAGAUGAAAGGCUCUAGAGGGCUGGUGCAAAAGGAAGACAGUCCUCAGCCCGUGAAGCGUAAGAAGGGCUGGCCGAAAGGGGUGAAGCGUGGGCCCCCCAAGUGGAGACUCAAGAAGGAGAGAAAGAUGGGGUUCAAGCUGAACCUCUACACGCCCCCAGAAACCCCGAUGGAGGCGGACCACCAGAUUCUGGCAGAAGAAACCAAGGAAGCCCAGGACAAGACUCCCCCCAUAACAGAGGAGGAGAGCGAGCCCUGCAAAGAGAUGGAGCCACUGGACACAGACCUCGAGAAGCUGCUCGCCGAGUCGCAGAGUCCCGAAGAGCUGCUCCCGAAGAAGCAGGAAGACUUUUUCGAUAAGCUGGGCUCUCCAGAAGACGCCUACAGCCACGACGAAGGCCAUGAAGACCCUGACCACGCGGACGACGACCACGAGGAAAGUGAAAACGCAGUUGAGGAGCAGCAGUGCGCUGAGCGUGCGGAAGAGCAUGAGGAAGAUGACGACGAAGAGGAGGAGCCUGUGCAUAAUGAGGAUCACGAUGCAGAUGAUGAAGAUGAUGGCCAUGUAGAUUCCACUGAGCUGGAAAAGGAGGAGAGCAGCGUGGAGACGUUGAAAGUGCAGGUCGAGUUUCAAGAAACUUUUUUAGAUGCGAAUGCUUCGAAUGGUGAAGCAGAAAACCACAGUGACCAAGCUGUGAACUGUAGCGCAGAUCUUCCUGCUGAACUAGACGGCAAGAUCCAGGAAAACGAGGCUGACUCAGAUCACCUGCCAGAUUCCGAGUCGGAUGACGAAAAUCACAAUGACCUGGACCACAAGGAAGGUGAUUCCUUCAGCCCUGUGAUAAAGGAGGAUCACACAGUUUGUGCAGAAAUUGACUCUGAAACAGUGCAGGCAGUGCAGUCCCUCACCCAGGAAAACGAGCAGGAGAACAGUUUCCAGGAUUGUGUGGAAACGCAAGAAGCCUGCAGGAGCUUACAAAGCUAUGCCCAUGCUGACCAAAGUCCUCAGAUGACCACGAUUGAUGACUGUCCGCAGUCAGAUCACAGCAGUCCCAUGUCAUCGAUCCAUUCUCACCCCAGUCAGUCUGUUCGCUCUGUGAACAGCCCAGCCGUUUCCGUUUUGGAGAACAGCUACACACAGAUCAGCCCUGAUCAGAGUGCUAUUUCAGUGCCGUCUUUACAGAACAUGGAAACUAGUCCAAUGAUGGAUGUCCCUUCCGUCUCCGACCAUUCACAGCAGGUUGUAGACAGUGGAUUUAGCGAUCUUGGCAGUAUUGAGAGCACAACAGAAAACUACGAAAACCCUAGCAGCUACGAUUCCACAUUGGGUGGAAGCAUUUGUGGAAAUAACUCGUCCCAGAAUAGCUGCUCGUACAGCAACAUCUCUUCCAGCAGCCUCUCGCAGAGCAGCUGUGCCGUGACGCAGCAGAUGGCCAGCAUUAAUGGUAGCUGCAGCAUGAUUCAAAACAGUAUUAACUCUCCGCAGAACUGCAGCGUCAAAUCCCCCCAGGGGUGUGUGGUCGAGAGACCCCCUAGCAACAGCCAGCAGCAGCUGCCGCCGUGCGGCAUGGCCACCAACUUCGCAUCGCCCAUGCAGCUGGCCGACAUCCCGGAAUCCGGCAACCCGAAUCUCGGGAUAUACGAAAGGAUGAGCCAGGGUGACUACGGAGGCGGGCAUUAUUCGCAGCCAUCGGCGACGUUCAGCCUAGCGAAGCUCCAGCAGUUAACCAACACCCUCAUGGACCAUCCCUUGCCUUACAAUCAUUCGGCUUCGGUCACGUCCUAUGCAAACAGCGUGUCCCUGUCUUCGCCGCUCAGCAGCACGGGCCUGGUGUCUUUAUCCCAGUCUCCUCACCAAGUGCCGGGGGGACCCCAGGCACAGUCCACGAUGACGCCCCCGCCCAACCUGACGCCCCCGCCGAUGAACCUGCCCCCUCCUCUCCUGCAGCGCAACAUGGCGGCCCCCAACAUCGGGAUCCCGCCCUCCCAGAGGCUGCAGACGCAGAUGCCCGGCAAGAGCCACCUCGCGAUGCGGUCGAAGUCGGCCCCGCUGCCCCACCACCAGCAGCAGAUGUACGGGCGGGCUCCGCAGUCCGUGGCCAUGCAGGCGCCCACCAGGACGAUCGCCGUGCCGCGGAUGAACAUGGGCGUGAAUCUCAUGCCUGCCCCCGCUUACAAUGUGAACUCCAUGAACAUGAAUCCCCUCAAUGCAAUGAAUGGCUACCGAAUGACCCAGCCGAUGAUGAACAGCAGCUACCAUGGCAACCACGCGUACAUGAACCAGUCCCCCCAGUACUCUAUGCAGAUGGGAAUGAUGGGAACACAGCCAUACUCCCAGCAGCCCAUGCAGGGCCCGCCGCACAGCAACAUGAUGUACAGCCCGGCGGGCCACCAUGGCUACAUGAAUACGAGCAUGUCCAAGCAGUCUCUGAACGGCCCUUUCAUGAGACGUUAAUCGGGUGGCGUUCCUCGCGAGUUCGAAGUGCAUAUCCCUCUUGUAAUGCACAGCUAUGCCUGGAGCCCCGUUUUCUUUUUUCAAAUUUUGUCCGUUUUAGAAAACCAGCACUUGGUAUGAAUGAAUGCAACCUUUUGUUUUUUUUUUGUUUUUUUUUUGAUGGCCUAAUUCAGAGCUUUGUUCUGGUUUUUGUUUUGUUUUUUUUAAAUGGGAAGCCUUACGUCAUGUCGUAAAAGAAAAUAAAUGAAGAUUUACUUUUGGGAUUUUGCGUUCUUAUCCUUUUAAAUGAGUGCAGCCUGCGAUGCAGAGCUGUAGUGAAGGGAGGCUUCACACUGCAGUGGGGUUGCAGCCUGUAUGUUGGAGCCAUUUAAUGUGCCUCUGCUACAAAUGUAAUGUUUGGAUGUUGGAGCCUUUUAAGUGUACCUGUCCAGCAGUACUGAAGUUUAGUUUAUGUUCCAUACUUAUGCCUUUAUAUAUUUAAAUUAUUGUAAAUUUGUUUUAUUUUUUGUAAGGUGACACUUAGCAUGCUAUGAUGUCUUUGUUAGUGACAGUGCAUUAAGUAGUACUGUACAAGUGUUGUGCUUAAUAGCAAGCCAUUUUCAAAACUUAUGGCCUUGAUUAGGUUUCCCUGCAAGGGGAGGAAGAUUAAACUAUAUUUUUGUUAAUUCUAAUACUGUAAAAAAAUUGUAAACUUAGUCUCGUUUCAGUUGUUCAGUUUGAAAGGUUUUAUUGCUAAUUGUGUAUAAUUGAGUACCUUUUGUAACAAAUUUCCUUGAAGGAGGCAGCUUUUCUGUUUUAUAAUGCAAACUGAUUACUGUCUACAUAAUGAAGCAUAUCUCAGUGUUUGUACCCAUACAAUUCUAAAGCAUUUCCAAGAACAAAGUCCAGAAAUGUGGAGGAAUUAAAAAAUAAAAACGUAAAUUUAGUCCAAAGUUGCUAUUUUAUGAAAAUGCCUUUAAACUUACAUUUUCAUUCCAUCUGUAGAUUUUUUUGUAUCUUUAUAAAAUGUUGGAUUUAUAUUUUACAAAAAAGCGUAGAGCAGUAGCCUGUGAAUAGACCAAACUAAGCUAACAGAUCGCAUGUAAAAAGCAAAAUUGUAUUUGUCUGUUUAUAUUGCUUUUUUGUAGCCUUUGUACCUGUACAGAGUGACUGGUUAGGGAUGAGAGGGGACAUGGAUAUGUGUACAAAAAUAGAAAAGAAUGACAGUCUUGUAUUUAUGAGUUAUCUUUUUAGUCAGUCACUUAAAAAAUGCUGUACAUUUUAGCAUAAAAUAAAUUAUGAUGAGCCAUUAUUGGACUGCC